CGAGUCCAAGUGGAGAAAGCAGGAGAAGAGACGCAUUAUUGCAGUUGGUGCCAGAAGACUUUACUACCGCACUCUCUACAAGACGAGCAGAGAGAGAGAGAGGGAGAGAGGUGGGGGGUGACAGAAAUUAAAGACAGACAACAGAUUUCCCACGACUGCACUUUUUUCCCCUUAAUUUUGAAAUUGCACGCAUUUGCUAGUAGCUUUCAGAGGAGGCAGCUCAGCAGCCAGCCAAUCAGUGCUGCGUCUCGUCAUCCAGGAGCACCUCUGAGGACUCAGCAUCACUUGGAGGAGCUGGAGUCCUGCAGGGAUCGCGACAUCCGUGGAUUUCUCUUAAACGGAUUAUCCUUGGGAAGUUUGAGCUCCCGUUGCCCUCCUUCGCCUCCUGCUUCCCCACUCCAGCCACGCAGUGAAUUAUCACCCGACCUGUACCCUCCUUCUCCUCCCUCUCGGCCGGUCACCCCUCCUCCGCUCUCCGUGAGUCACUUCACAGCUGCAUAGAAGAUGUCUGCCCCAGAUGCUGCCCCACCAGCAGGAGCUCCCGGUGCUCCCGGCGCCCCUGGCGCAGAUGGAGCACCAGCUGGCGCACCCCCGGGCCCACCCAAUACCAGCAGCAACCGUAGGCUACAACAGACACAGGCCCAAGUCGAGGAGGUGGUAGACAUCAUGCGGGUGAAUGUGGACAAGGUUUUGGAAAGGGACCAGAAGCUUUCAGAGCUGGAUGACAGAGCGGACGCUCUCCAAGCCGGAGCCUCCCAGUUUGAGAGCUGUGCAGCCAAGCUAAAAAACAAGUACUGGUGGAAGAACUGCAAGAUGAUGAUCAUGAUGGGUAUUAUUGGAGUCAUUGUGGUUGGAAUAAUAUUCUUGUACUUCUUCUACUGAGCGCAACCCAUCGAUACAGAUGGACAUGGACUUGAGGAUGAUAUGAGAGAGGAGGGGGGUAAAAAAAAGAAACCCAAGAUCCACUCCUCCUCCGAUGUCAGUCCUCUCCUCCCUCUCUUCACACAGUCUUCCAUCAAACCAUCCUGCACUUAUACAUGACAGUAGUGUUUAUAGGUGUCUCUGCUCUCUUUGUCCGACCUUUCCCUCCCUCCCUCCUUUUCUUUUUUUUCAUGAAGUCUCCCACACUCUCUCCUGUCUCCGCACCUCAUGUAUUAUUGAAGGAUGCAGCAGAGGAAGAAAGGGAGCGAAGGAGGGAGAGAGAAAAUCCUUGUGACAUGAGAACACGUGGGGGUUAGUCACCAAACAUAGCUAUACGGGGGGAAAUGUACAGACGACGUAAGUGUGCAGGGACGUUAAACGAGAGCUGCAGUCUUUCUACCCCAGAUACGCCAAAGCUCGUUCAUAUUACCUUUUCUGAGAAUCCUACAUUUGUAAAUUGUUACUUACAUGCCUACAUAACACACUCCUCCCGUCACUACUGCUUCCAUCAUUGCUACUUACUAACACAUGGUCAUGGUAGAUUAAGAGUAUGGUCAUUUUUGUUGUGUGUAAUUGUGAUCCAAGGCCUUGUAGCUAAUAGCUUUUUCCAAGUUUACCUGAUAGGUUUUAUUAGUAUUUUUUCCCUUUCCUGUCCGACUUUCUCUCACUUAGUCUCUUAUUUCUGCAACGCUCAGUGAUGACGAGAAGAGAAAAAUGCAAAAAAGGGAAAGAGACUGUGAGAGAGUUUAGGAAAGGAGGAAGUGAUUCAGGGAAAGGUAGUAGGAGUACUUCAACAUAUAUUUUCCUGCAUAAGUAGGUGAAACUUAAGUCAGACCUGAUAAGUAACUACUGAUGAAUCAACUAUACAAUACAUUUGUACCUUGGGUUUUUGUACCACGGGGGUGGCACAGUGGUGAUAAUACGCUUAAUGGCGUUAAAAUAUGCCCAGCAGGAAAGUCACGCGAGCAGCCAGUAACAGACAAUCUACUGUACACAUGAACUGACUUCUACGACACUGAGGAAGAUCUCCUAGCUCUGGUUUGGACAGAGUCACAGCCAUAGACAGAUGAAUGUGUAGCAUCACAUUUUAAAGACUUAUUUUGAGGGUGCUGUCCGAGUGUUUAAUUGUUGUUUGAGUUUAUCUGAUUUACAGAGAACAGAAAAAAACAGGAAAAAAAAACAGAAGAGAAGACAGGAUGUGGAAACCCUGAGCCACCUGGCCGCCCGUCCCCCGCUGACUCACAUCUACAACAGACUCAUGUGUCACUUGCAGUAUGUUAACGGCCAGAAUGAGGUGUUUGUUUCUAACCUGCAUGGCAAACGGUGUUCAUAGUUUUGCCUAUUUGUGUGACCUGUGUAUCUGCCAUUUCUGAAUCUUACUGCCGAUUGUACAUUUUGUUUUGUUAGUGGUUUAAAGGACCUGUGUAUAAUGUCUUUCUGAUCUGAUAAUUACUGCUUAUGCAAUGCAACAAUGCUCAAGAGUUUGCCAAAUCUGAUGAAACUACUCGUUUGGAGAGAAAAAUAGGGACUGCAAGUAACUGCUACUCUAGUGAACUGUUAGAGCACAUGUAAUAUUGUACGACUAGAACCGUAGUACACAAUUCUUGGGGUCUGUCGGAAUUGACUGAGGUUCAUUGAUGUUCAUGACGUUCUCUGGACUGACUUUGCGAGUUAGAAAAAAAUUUAAAAAAAAACAAACAAUAUGAACAACCUUAUGUGCAAAGUGCUUUUAUGCAUUAUUGUAGCAGUUAGCCCAAAUUAUCUGAUGCUAUUGUACAAACAAUAUUAUUAGGUAAUUAACCACACAAGAUGUUUUAUGAUUUACAACCUGAAAAAGUAAAAGAUGCAAAUGGAUUUGCGCAAACAGAUGCAUGUUUACCACUUUUGCUGAUGCCAAUAAAGAAAUAAUGAAGUGAA